CUUCCUUUUUCCCCCCUCUUUGCUGCUGCCCUUUCUUUCUCUUGCGCUACCUGAAAUUUCUGCUCUUCUCGCUCUCCCAUCCGUCUGCCGACUCUAAGCUCUCCGUCUUCGGUUCUGUCUGGGAAGAACAUGAAGAGAACGGAAUCAAGGAAGUCGCAUUCUUGGUGGUGGGAUAGCCACAUUAGUCCCAAAAAUUCUAGGUGGCUUGCAGAAAAUCUUGAGGAGAUGGAUCAGAGCGUGAAAAGGAUGUUGAAGCUGAUUGAAGAAGAUGGAGAUUCAUUUGCUAAAAAGGCUGAGAUGUAUUACCACAAGAGACCUGAAUUAGUAUCCCAUGUCGAGCAGUUAUAUCGCAUGUAUCGCUCUCUGGCUGAGCGUUAUGAUCAUUUGACCGGAGAGCUAAGAAAGAAUCUUCCAUCAGACCUUCAAUCCCAGAACUCUGGUGUCUCUGACAUUGCCUCUGAAUUGACCUCCACAUGGCCAUCUCCUGAUCGUCAGCCUUUGUCUCGUCGAAAAUCUGGCCCUCGACCUGCUGGUUUUGAUGUCUUCCUUGGUACUGCUGGAAGCAGCUCUGAUGUAAACCACAAGGAAGGAGAUGAAUUGUCUUCACUAACAGAUUCUGAUUCGGAGUCUGAUGCUUCCUCUGUCAAUAAUUACUCGGUUUCAUCAGGGAAUGGAGGCGACCAAGGGCUCAACAGGAGAAUUAUGGAAUUGGAGAUUGAACUACGUGAAGUGAAAGAGAAGCUUCGGAUGCAACAACAGGGAGACCACGUAGACUCCCUAAGGGGUGGAGCAAAGAAUGACACUGCUGAUUAUCUUCUUUCUAGAAUUGCAGGAUAUGAGCAAGACCUGAGCAUUGCCAAUGAAAAGAUAAAGCUCUCUCAAGAGGAGAUCAGUGGGUUGAGGAUACAGCUCCAAAAAUAUAAAUCAUUAGAAACUUGCCAUCAGUUUGAAUCAUCAGGAGAAGAAAAUGGCAAGUUACAGGAUGACAAUAGUAAUAACCAGCCAUCUGAAAGGAGUGGUGCGUUAGGGGAAGACUCCUCAGACUCAGAUGGCAAGGUACAGGUCCUGAUAGAAGAGCUGAGGAUCAUGAAAGAAAAGCUUCAGAAUUCGGAGAAAGAAAUAUCCAGUUUGAAGUUGGAGGGUGAUGAAAAAAUUCAAUAUCUGAAGGGUGAGCUUGAAUUGGUGAAAAGGGAUGCAGUGACAUGGAAAUCGAAAGCAAAUGCAGAGAAAAGAGAGGUGUCCAAACUUCAGGAAAGAAUUGCAAGGUUAAAGACUAGUUUAUCAGACAGGGAUCAUGAGAUCAGGGAUCUAAAAUUAGCAGUAUCGGAUGCUGAAGAGAAGAUUUUUCCAGAAAAAGCCCAUAUUAAGGCUGAAAUAUCGAAAUUGUUGGAUGAGCGUACUUGUUUAGAGCGGCAGGUGAGAGAGUGGGAGUCGCGGGGCCGUUGGUUGGAGGAAGAAAUCAGGAAGGUUGUAAAUGAAAGAAGAGAGUCAGAGGAAAGGGUCCAUGCAGAAAUUCAGCAGUUAAAGGAAAACCUUGAUGGUUUAAAAACAGAAAGAGAGGAGGUGGAUGCCAAGGUUGAAUCACUGAAAGCAGAAGUGAGGUGUAGAGAUGAGCAAAUGAAUGAAAUGGAGAAACAUUUGCACAAAUUGCACAAGGAACAUGAAGAGGUAAUUGGUAUUGCGGAAGGUGCACGUAAAGAGGUAGAGGAAUUGAGAUGGAGGGCUAAGGAGUUGGAGGAGGAGAUUGAGAGGCAGAGAGUGAUAAUAUUGGAAGGAGCAGAGGAGAAACGGGAGGCUAUAAGGCAGCUUUGCUUCUCACUGGAGCAUUACAGAAAUAGGUAUGACUGGCUUCGGCAAGCAUUUGAGCAGAAGAGAGUCCCGGCUGUUCUAGCGUCAUGAUUCAUGAGUGUGUGUUUGUUUUUCCGAUUGGCUUUUGUUUCAUUUCAUUUUUAUAUAUAUGGUGAUACAUCGGCAAUGAUAUGGUUAUAUUUAUAUUGUUAUAUAAAAUUAUAAGUUUACAAUUUUGAUAUAGAAUUAGAUGAGUAUGAUGUAUUAUUAAAAAAAUGUAUACAUACAAUAUUAUAAAUAGGUUUUUGAGUG